CGGAGAAAACAGUGCUAAUUCGCGCAAUAAUAAUUACGAAUUAUAUAACCUUUUCCUAUAUACGAAUAAUAUACUUUUCCUAUAAUACUAUUAUUUGUUACAAUAAAUCUAUUGUUUAAUUCAUUUCAUCAAUUGGCGAUGUAUCGUGUUUAAACGACGAAUUGGUCGCUGCGCAAUUAAAUUGCUCAUUGGGUUACAAAAUGUUUCGUUAACGCUGACAAUAUCUGUGGUAUAUCGAGUUUGCGAAAUGGGUUAAGUGCACCCGUUUCAUUCGCCUGAUAUAAAAACAAUUAAAUCGCCCUCGUCGUUCGCGUUCGCACGUAAAAAAUUUCGAGGGAAAAAUUGAUAUUCCGAAACGUCCGUCCACUUGGCGCUAUACGCGAGAGAGACGGGACCUUCAACGAUGAAACCCGAGAUUUCAAUGUUCAAUCAAACUGCAAAUGUACGCGACUUAAAAUUUCGUUAAGCCUCGACGUGCGUCGUCAGCUGCGUUAUACAGGUCGAAUUAAAAAAUUGUUACACCGGCGGCGCGGCGUAAAACCAAUUCGCUCGUUUCGACGAUCGGACGUGAAGAUUUCUUCUGUCUUUCAUCUCGUAUCGCAUUCGAAUUUAUAUUCGCCGCACGUCGUAUCGAUUCGUACGCGCAUUACGUGUACGACGUAUAAGUAAGUACGUAUAUCUACAAACGCACGUCGAUCACAUCAACGUGGUCCUGAAAACGUAAAAUAAUCGAGCGGGCAGUUUACAUCAUGGAGGAAGAAGUACGCGAAGCAAAUGCGGAAAGAAUGACGGAGAAUGAAAAGUUUCAGGAGGUCGAUGCCGAGUGGGAAUACAGAUACGAUGACUUUUUCGAAGCGGAACAAUCUCUCGGCUCGAUCGAAGAAAAACCUUACGAAGAAGGGGAAUGGGAAGAGGAAGAGAAAGAGAAAGAAAUGCCGCCUGUACAAGAUUGGGAGAAGGAGGCAAAGAAGAAAAUUCGUAUAGAAAUGGAUGAUCCGUCAAUGGGAAGACGGAGAACUAUCUAUGAUCUCAACGCUUAUGCCUCUUCUCGGCCGUCAGUGAACGACAUUUCGAAAUUUAACGCGAUGCAGAUAACCACGGAGCCAAGGAAGAAAAUUCGAUAUUCCGUGUCGAUGGGAAUACCGGGAAUUGUGAGAAUCGAUCUGUCGCCACUGACGCAGAAAAUCGUCGGCUGUAUCAUUGGCGAGGACGUCACCACGGAAUAUCCAUGGGUGCACGUUAGGAAGGAUGUUAUAGAGGAUAAUAUAGAUUUACAUUCCGAGAGCAGCGAUUUCCUGCCGGUAAAGGACGAGGUUUACGCAUAUCCGGACGAAAUGAUUUUUAUCGGCUACGCACCGUCCCUAACCGAAGAGGGCCAAUUCUAUAUUGUCCUCACCGAGGAGGGUAGAGAUGCUAUCGUGAAACAUAUACAAGAGAAGAGGGAGGAUUACGAGAAUCGCGUGAGAAAUGCGAUUUACAAAUUUCCUGGCCAAUGGCACAAUUUGGGAAGCGAUGCCGAGGUCGAUGCCAAUGUCGUCAAAAACACAAGACCAUUAUACGAGAUUGAGGUUACAUCUACCGCCGAUUUAUUGAACGUGCCGAUAAAUCUAGCGGACAGAAAGGCGGACGAUCAGAGGGACGGAUACAUUGAACUGCUACCGAGUAGCCGGCAAAUAUUUGAGAAUAUACGGCGUAAAUUGGUAAGCAGGUAUACGCAAGUGACGGCGAUCGUACGACACAACGAGGCGCAAACGGCGCCAUCGAUACCUGUCAAUUCCUGGUACCAAUAUCUCUACGAAUACGAGACAGUCGAUUUGUCUACUUACACCGAAGAAAAGAUAGAGUCCUUCAAGGAUUUCCUGGAACGCUACACCGAUGAAAUGUGCGAUCAGAUUUUAAUGAACUCCACGUGGGAUAUAUAUACAAAUGAUUAUGCAAAUUUAGUACGCAAUGAAAAGGACACGCAGGCACCGGUGCCGAUAGGCUACGAGGAGCAUCAGAGCUACUACGACGGAAAGAUCAUUGUGGAUAAAGUUAUCAACGAUUUCUGCUGGCACCCGUUCUGGACCGGAACGGCGAUAGCUACUUACACACAACAUGCAAAGAGCGAACAUCUAAUAGGUCCUAAAACUGACGACGAGAUAUUCUUAGCCUACGAGGGAAACAAUAAAGUACUAAUAUGGUCCUUCACUGACUGUCUGUCACCUAAACUAAUCCUCGAAUGUCCAAGAGAAGUGACAUCCGUUACUGUCUGCCCUCUCGACAGUAACAUCAUCGUAGGUGGCUGUAUAAACGGCCAGAUCGCCAUCUGGCACAUUCCCGGCAAAAUCGAGCAGGUGGAGACAGUGGUGACACAGACGAGCGCACAAGUAAAGUACAACAUCGCGAUGAGAAACUUGAUGACAUGGAUGCGCGAGACGACGGCGACGUCGUUGAUCAGUCCGACGGCGAUGUCCGCCCUCAAGUACAGCCAGAAGGCGGGCAUCACCCAGAUAGUCUGGGUGCCCUCGCAUCACAAGGUUGACAAAAACGGUCGGAUCUCAUCAUUGCCGGAAGACGCGACCCUGGAUGAUCUAAGUUGUCAGUUCGUAACCGCCAGCGAAGACGGCACGAUUGCUUUUUGGGAUCUUAAAUGGCGGCCUUCGGAGAAGGAUAUCCGAGAAGUUCGUAGCAGACGGAAGAAGAAGAUUCAUCCAGAUAUUCAGAAAUCCAUGGCGCAGCCCGUGUCACCCUUCAAGAUCCUCGAUCGCGUCUUCAAGCCCGACUAUAUCCUCGCGAUUCAAUAUCCGGACGAGAGCCGGCAGGUCGUGAUAACGACUCUCAGCAUGUACAAUCCAAAGUUUCGCAAGGAACAAGUCGAACCGUUCCCAGUGACAAGGGACGAUCUCACAAUUAGAAAGUACUACAAACCCAUAAUCGAAAAGACGAACUACGUCAUGGAGCCGAAGAUGCUCAUCGGUACCGUCGAAGGUGAUUUUGGUUGCAUAACGUGGACCGGCUACGAAUUCGCCACCGACGUGAGCGUGAAUCGCGAAACGGCACGGUGGCUCUGGAUAAAGAGGGUGCACGACGGACCGGUUACUUCAGCGGUCAGAUCCAAUUAUUAUCAUCAGGUGGUGACUACGAUAGGCGGCAAGAUCUUCGCUGUGUGGAGGGACGAUUUCGGCGAGCCGCUCAUUUGGAAGAAGUCCAAUGUCGGAUACACAGCGUGUUCGUGGGGAAUCGUACGCCCGACCGUUCUGAUCUUGGGACGAAUGGAUGGCACCGUAGAAAUUUGGGAUCUCAUAAUCAAGAGCCACGAGACAAGUUUCGUGCAGAGUUUGUCAGGUCGGAUAAUUACGGGCAUCUACACGCACGAGCUACCCCUGGAGCUGCAGUGUAUCGGAUUUUGCGACUUCAAUGGCUCCUUAAGAAUGUUCACCGCGCCGCGCGUUUUAUUGACGUACGACGUAGGUGACGUCGAAUGGAUGAAAAAGUUCGUUGACCGACAAGUUCAAAGGCGUCGGAAGCCCUGGCAGUUCCUCGAAGAAGCCAAGGAACGAUGGAAGUCAAUGGAAAUAAAGCGCAUGCAACGACUGAUCCUGUGGAAAAAAGGGCUGAGAAAAGACGUCCUCGAGAAGCAACGCGAGCCGAUUCUUAGGCUGCGGCAGGAGGCGAGGACAAAGAAGCGCAAGAUACGCGAGAUCCUGAAUUUGCAGGACAAGAUCUUUGAGGAAACGGUCGUGUUCCUCUUCCCGGAGCAGCGUCAGGAGCGCAGAGAAACUUUGUUGCCGCCUUUGCCAGUUUCUGCGGCCGACAGACGCUUAACGAUCGACGAGUUCAUUAAGAAGGAAACCGCUCCUCGAAAAGAAGACGUUUUUGCCGAUCCCGAGGAAGAAAUUAUAUACAAUUUUCUGGAAGUGCAAGCCGAAGCCCUAGCCAAAUUAAAGAGCACGCCUUUCGAACGCACGUUCAACUGGAGUAAAGUACUCGCGGAAGGGAAGUCGAGGAGAAGAUCGAUGGACAUCGAACUCUUGAAGUUAAACAGGCCGAAGAAGACGUGCAAAGUGGACGGUGCUGUAAACGAUGCAUCACGUCUUAUCUGCAGCGUAUAAAACAUGUACGGAGAUACAUCUCUAUUUUACAUUUCGACUUGUGUUUUUCUAUUUCUGAGGUGCCAGAUUUGUAGUUCAGAUUUAUAUGGAUUGACUUUUUUUUUAUAAAAUUCGUUAGAUUUACGAAGAGAAGAGAAUUUCACAAAAGAUUAAUUCGAUGCGCUAAACGACAUGACAACGGCGUGACACAGCAAUUUCUGUAUCAAUUUAUUUUCGAGUUGGACGAUGUCAAAGUUCGAAUACGCUACAACAAUUUUUACUAGUUUAGAUGAACUGCACUGUGAUGUUUCAUAAUUCUGUAACAUUAUUUCACGAAUCUACAGUUGUAAUAUAAUAUAUUUUAACAGGCUACGAAGAGAAAGCUUUCUUUUCUUUCUAGCUCUAUAGCUCUGUUAAAAUAUAUUCAAUUCUGAAAUUACGUCCAUCAUUUUGAUUGCAUUUCUGAUAAUGCAGACUCUAAUGUAAUAGCGCUGUUGGAAAAUGAAACUACGUAUCCCCGCGAGUGUCACGUAAGUUUACUUUUAGAGAUUCCUUUUAAUCCCUUUAAUCAGAACUGUACUCGUGGCUGUAAUGGCCACCUUUGAAACAAGUAAAGUCCAGAGUCCACAAAUAUAAUCUGAUUUUGUAAGUUUACCGAAUAAAGUGGCGUAAAGAGAGAACACGGAGUAUUCCGGUCAAUUCUCUUACCGUCGUAUCUGAAGAAAGAGGAAUGCGUAUUUUUAUAUAUUGUACCUCCGGACAUCGAGAAAUCUAAUGUGCAAGUCAUCACGGUAAUUGAAUAUGUCGAUAAACAGAAGAUAAACGUGACAGCAAAGAAAAUGGAACGUCUGAAUAAGAAAGAGAUAGAAAGGGGAA